UCUAAGGGACAAGUAGCUGUUUUGUGCAUGACCUCUUCACAGGAGAAAGCAUGUUACAUGAUAUGCCAAAUAUCAGAUUUGUAGGAAAAGAAAACAAUUAGCUGAAUAGCAAAUAGUUACACUUCGCCAGUCUAUUAGAUUAACAAUAUGCUUCGCUUCGCUGGUCGUGUUUGCUAUAGAGGACUUGGUAAACGGUUCGUUUCAUCAGUUAAUGGAGAAUGCGCACUCCCCGCCAAUCUACGGAUUCCUUCCAAUCUCGUGCAACUCCCUCGAACAAAGAGAUCUUUGCCAGCUGGUUGCGAGCUCUCGGUAUUGCGCAGGUGUGACAUACAAAUUCCAGUUCAUCUGAGUGCGAAGCAGACGUGGCUGGAGUCCUUGCGAAGCCAGGAAGAUGAUCAACUCGGUUUAGUUGACUUGCACCCAGACGUCUUUGCAGUACCUCCAAGGGUUGACAUACUCCAUGAAGUUGAAGUCUGGCAAAGAAAUUUCAAGAGAAUUAGCCAUGCUAAGGUGAAGAGCAGAGCAGAAGUGAGUGGAGGGGGCAGGAAGCCCUGGAACCAGAAAGGGAGUGGCCGUGCCCGACAGGGAAGCAUCAGGUCUCCCUUAUGGAGAGGAGGUGGAAUUUCACAUGGCCCUAGAGGACCAACAAGUUACUAUUACAUGCUACCAAUGAAAGUGCGUGUGAUGGGACUAAAAGUUGCUCUCAGUUCUAAAUUGGCCCAGGACAAUCUUCAUAUUGUUGACUCUUUGGAAGUACCAACCCCUGACUACCAGUACCUCCUGGACUUGGCACGAUACAGACACUGGGGCGAGUCAGUUUUAAUUGUAGAUGUGAAUGAAGAACUCCCUGAAAACAUCCGUCAAGCAACAGCAAGUUUGAAAACGGUGAAUGUUAUUCCAGUCAUAGGCCUGAACAUCCACAGCAUGCUGAAGCAUGAAACGCUUGUUCUUACCCUGGAAGCAGUGAAAUACCUGGAAUAUAAGCUCCUUUGGCACGACUCCCGGUACACCCCCCUUUAUCCCUUUAAACUCCCCUACAGUGACUUUCCUUAAGUGCAGUCAAAGGCCAGAGUAGAGUAAGCAAUUUGUUGUUAUAGUAAUCCAAUUGUCUGAUUUUCCAAUG